UAAGGAGCAGCAGAAGAACAACAUUAAGGGCGGCAAGUCGGUGUGGGAGCAGCGGACGAGUGAGAUCCGGCGGCAGAACCUGAUGACCAGUCGAGAGGCGCUCUACAACGAGCUGGAGCAGGAGGACUGGAAGGUGGGAGACGAAGGAGAAGGGGUUGCAAUCCCACGGAAAGCCCGCGGGGACAUGAAGACCCACCUGGACCGUCCGCUGGUGGUCAACCCGCAGGACAACCGCAACAACAACACCAACAAAACCCAACCGGGCGAACUACCUCUGGACCAGGAGUACCAACGCCAGGACAUGGAUCAAUUCCACCGAGUCACCCAUAAUAACCGGCACCACCACCACCACCAUCCGAAAGUCAACGGGUCGGAGAAGGUGGAGACGACCCAGCCGGCGAAGACCCGAAUGGAGCAUGGAUUCAGCUGCACGUCUCUGGGAAACGUUGAGGUUCAACCUGGGGAGGAAAGGCACGGACACAGGAGCCAUCGAGGACAUAGGCACCGAAACAGAGAGGCCCAAAGUGUGUCCCCCCACCACAGCGAGGGAGUCGAGGGGAACCACGAACACAGGAGGUCCCGGCACCGCAAGGGGGAAGAGGGCCGGAGACACAGAUCUAAAGGGACGGAGGGAGAGGGGGAGAAAGGCGAGGAAGGGGAGGGAAGGAAAACGAGAAGGCAUCGCCACAGCAACCAUCACAACAGAAAGGAGCACCACAGUCUCUCCACCACUCGACCCAUUCAGCAGUACAACGAGGACCUGGACAACUUCCGCAACAACAGCAAGUUGGCCAGUGCCCAGGAGCAUCCGUACGACCUUCCACCGGAUCACCCUGACCACGUCAACAACCUGCUGAACUGCCGUGACGCCGACACCCACACGCUGCUGCACAGCAUGGACAGCCUGAUCCUCACCAGCAUGGCCAAACCAGAGUACACCAAGAUAGACAUGCCUCCUGUGUACCCUUACCCCUCCACCAACGCCAUCCUGCAAGUGAACAAGAACGCCAACACCGACCAGAAGAAGAGCGAGGAGAAGAAGGAGGAGGAGGAUGACGAGGGGGGCAAAGAAGACGGACCCAAACCCAUGCCUCCCUUCAGCUCCUGCUUCAUAAUGUCCACCACCAACCCGUUUCGGAAGUGCUGUCACUACAUCCUGACUCUGAAGUAUUUUGAGUUCAGCAUCCUCUCUGUGAUCGCCAUGAGCAGCAUCGCCCUGGCUGCAGAGGACCCCGUCAGUCCUGAGUCACCUCGAAACAAUGUGCUGCGUUACUUUGACUACGUUUUCACAGGCGUCUUCACAUUCGAAAUGUUGAUCAAGAUGGUGGUACUGGGCCUAUUUCUCCACCAGGGCGCCUACUUCCGCGACUUAUGGAAUAUUCUGGACUUUAUAGUGGUUAGUGGUGCUCUGGUGGCCUUCGCCUUCACGCCGAGCAGCACCCGGGGGAGCAGUAAGGGCAAAGACAUCAGUACGAUAAAGUCGCUCCGUGUGCUGAGGGUGUUGCGUCCUCUGAAGACCAUCAAGCGACUCCCCAAAUUAAAG